UAACGUGAUAGCAGCGCCAAACAUUGAUGCGCUUGAACUCGAGUCAGGUCAGGUUGGUACCAAAUUCAAAUCGAGGACCCGUUGGCUGCUCAGACACCUCGAGUUCAUUGGCGUUGGCGUGGAUAGGCGAGGUCUGGAUUGCUGAACAGGUCCAUGAUGGCAUCGGUACCGCCCGUACCCGGGACUCCCGAGUGGAUGGCUCCCUUAUCUCGCGAAUUAGAGGCCGUGAUCGCCCAAAGGAACCUGUUAACCAGCCGUAGUCGGGGCCGGAUCUUACAAGCCUUGUCGGAUACGGCUCGGGCAGGCGAAGAUCAAACCAUGGAGGGUCUUCGAGCCCGAGCCGUAGCUGAGGUGGUUCAGAGUGAGAAAUCCUAUCUCCGGCAUUUGGAGAUUGUCCAGGAAUACUUCAUGGACCCAUUGCGGGAGAAAUCAUGGUUGACCCAAGCCGAUUUUGUGACCAUUUUCGGCGAUUUCCCGGCCAUUCUGCAAGUCAAUCGCGAGUUGCUCAAGUCGUUGGAGUGUUCCACGGACAAAAUUGGGCAGGUGUUCCUUGAACUGGCGCCGUAUUUAAAGUUCUAUUCCACGUACGCUCAAGAGUUCCAAGCCUCGGCCAAAUUGGUGGAGCGCUAUUGCGACAAAUCCAAAUCCUUCCGCCAAUUCAUCGCCGAUCAAGAGUCUCGUCCCGAAGUGCAGCUCAAGCUCAACGCACUCUUGAUCACGCCCGUGCAACGGAUUCCCCGAUAUAAGAUGCUCUUGGAGGAUGUGAUCAAAAACACGCCGGAUUGCCAUCCCGACAAGGCCAACCUGCAGAACGCCUUGACCCAAAUCGACGCCGUGGCUUGGCACAUCAACGAUCAACUCCGGGAGCACGAGGAUUCGCUCAAGAUGGUCGACAUCCAAAAGAGCCUCCAAGGUGGAUUCCCCAAGAUUAUCAUCCCAGGGCGCAAGCUUUUGCGACAAGGCAACCUCAUGAAAGUUCCGCGAGCCGGCGGUCAAGCUCAACCGCGUUAUUUUGUGCUCUUCUCCGAUAUGAUGAUCUACUGCAAGAUCAAGACCAACAGCCCCACUCAACUCAUCUUGCCCAAGGCCAACGCCCUCGAGUGUGGCUGCACCCUACCCUUGAAGUCCACCCAAGUCGAACCGCUAGUGGGGAAGGGCGUGUUCAAGAUCACUUGCCAAAAAGAAGAGCUGAUUCUAUACUCCGCCGAGGGCGAGAGUGAGGAUUGGAUCCAUCAGAUCAAUCUGGCCAUUGCCCAACUCAAGAAAGAUGCGGCCACGCUCCGGAAGGAGAGUUCCCGCCGAGAACCCAUGAAAAGACCGGAAUUGCUCAAAAUGCGCCGGGAUAGUCUCAGCCAGAUCAUGUCCCACAACACCAAGAACAGCGGUAAACCCACGCCUCGUCGAUUGGCCUUCACCAGUCCCAAGAAGAAACGCCCGGCUCCCGACACGCCACGCACCACCCAAAGCGAGACCCCAACCAAAACCAAGAAAAUAGACCAUGCCGCUUGUUCACCGAGCUCACGCGUGACCCGCUCGGCGGCCAAGGAAAACAACACCCCAAAUCAACUCAUGCCCCCACCAGCCACUCCUACGUCCGCCGUAACUAGCGUUCAAAUGCGUAAGAAGAAGGCUGUUCGGCCGUCUUGGAAGGCUCUGUCGCUCUCUCGGAAGGACAAGAUCAAGGAGGAAUCCACCCAAUCCUCAUCCUCGAGCCUCUUCCGCUCCCCGUCGAUCUACGACGGAUCCGAGGAGGACCGAAAUCCGGUCAUGACCUCGUACCUUUCGGGUCGAAUCGUGCCGCUGACGCCGUCCCAGAAACAGACGGAUGUGACCCAUUUGGCCACCAAGACCGAUCCAGCAGCUCUCAGGAGUCCGGAAGAUCUCAGCCGAGCCCUGGUACCGGUUCAACUUUUUCCCGGACCCAGCCCGCCACCGGAUGAGGGCAAAUCUAAU